GUGGACUCCAGUUGAAAACAUCCGGCUGUCUGUGCACGUGUGGGCAUACUCGGAAAUACAUAUUCAUAUUCUACAGUAUAAUAAGCUAUGUAUGUGUCAAGAGGAAAAACAACAUACGUAUUAUAACCUGCACUGUAGUUUAUUAGAACGCUCAGCCUGCAAGCGUAAUCGUCAGCUAGCAAACGUUGGCGACAUCGCUAUCAAGCCAGUGUAUCUGGUUUGGGCUCUGCAGACUGCAACAUUUCUAACGUUAAUACUAAGUUAGCUAGCCAUUCAAGAUAUUUGUUUUGGGGGGAAAAAUAAGACAUUUGUGUUGGAUUCUGUUGGGCUUGGGUUUUAUACUGUACGUUUCAGAGCUUGGCUCUAUAUUUUACGAUCUCAACUGACACAUUGUAGCAUUUAGCAACAUACCCAUCCCCAUGGCUGGAAGAGGCAGGGGUCGUGGAAGGGGACAGAUGACCUUCAACCUGGAGGAUGUGGGCAUAGGAAGGGGGGACAGCCUGCCCCCCACCACCUUUAAGCCCUCACCCCUCUUCCCUCCCAUGCCAGUCCAGCCUGUGCCCCUGCAGACAGGAGAGGAGGUGGAGUACAUGCUUGCUCUGAAACAGGAGCUGAGGGCCGCCACCAAGACCCUGCCUUUCUACAUCAGACGGGCUGCUCCCAAAAGAGAUGUCGAUCGCUACUCUGAUAAGUACCAGAGCGGAGAGCCCAAGGACAGCACCAUCGAGUGGAGCCCAGACUGGAGCAGAUUGCCUAAAGAGCUUUGCGUUAAAGUGAGAGAACCUCGGGGUAAAAGACCCACACCUCAAGUUAAACGGACAAAGAAACCUCUUGUAGGAAAAGAGGAGAUUCUCACCAAGCUAGAGACUCUUGAAAAGAAAGAAGAGGCGGUGAACUCUGAGGAAGAGCAGGACGAGGAGAAAAAGAAGACGAACGAGGAAGAAGAACAGGCAGAUGAAGAGGACUAUGAGGAAGACUUUGAAGAGGAUACCGACUACAUCAUGUCUUACUUUGACAAUGGAGAGGAGUUUGGAGGGGACAGUGACGACAACAUGGACGAAGCCACUUACUGAGAGACCGUAAGAGUGUUGAUAACACUGAAUAGACAAAAAGAGACGGCUUUGAGUUAUCUUCCCUGCGGACAUAGUUACAGUAUUCUAAUUACUUGUGGAGUCAUUGGCCAUGGGAACAAAGACAUUAACCGGUAUAGUCUAAAACAUGGAAAGAACAAUAUGCUGCUAUGUGAUAACCUAGAUCCAAGACAUGGAAGACGGUGACUGCUGGUGAAAACAGUGGCUCAAUGUAGACAUCUAGAGAGAAGAUUUUCUUAUUGUGUGUGGUGAUUUAAAGUGCCAAAGAUCCUAACUAGUCAUGCUGACUGUUCCCCUUUCUUCACCUAUGUUGAGGUGGUAAUGGGAGCUGAAGUAUUUACAGGAUAGUGAUGCCUUUUAUAACUUUAACGGAUUUGAUGGUUUUAAUUAACACGUACAAUUGCAGCAGUCUAUGGUUUUUAAAGUAAAGACAUGUUUUAGAGAGGUAUUUUAGCUUUUGUAAUUCCUUGGUGUAAGUCUCUUAAGUGUAUACGACAAUCAAAUGUUGGCUAAAGGCAUUGAAAACAAUAGUUGCAAUCCAAAAAAAUGUUGUGUAUUCUUUUUAAAUAUUUUUUUUCCUGUAAUGUCAAAUUAUGUUAUGCAAGUUGACAAUUUGAAAGUGUUGAAUUUGAAUCUAAAUACAUUUUAUAGCUCCAGAGUAAAUAUUUGUAUCAACCAA